AAUUGUGACAUCUGUGUCACAUCAGUGAAGGAAAAGGAAACCAAGAAGCCUUCCAUCUUUGCAGGACAUUCCAGCCAGAGAUCUGUAUGCUGGCUUCAUUUUCAGAUAAACUCUCUUAAAACUCCUCAUCAGGGAGAAUCUAGAGACUAGAUACGUGGACUUUCCAAAGGUUGACAAGCCUGGAUUUGCACCCUGCUUUUGCCACUCUAGUAGCUGUAUGACUUUCUGAAACUUUGUGUUCUUACUAGUAACAGUGACUAGGGUUAAAAAUACCUGGCAGUGAGGUAUAUGUGACAGGAGGAGGGAAUGGGAAAGGCCGCACCGCCUCCUACACAGCGAUGUCCAGGAAGAGUUCAUCGGAACAUGCCUGUUCCCUCUACGGAACUGUGGAGUCCACAAAGAACCCUGAGGGUCGUUAGUCCAUCUUCCCACCAACUGCGAACCCCUUCACCGCAUUCCUGGGGUGUGGCUCCCCAGGCUCUGCUGAACUCCAGGGACGAGAGCCCCCUCUUAUUGGACACUAGUUCCAAGUUUCUUCUGUUGAUAGAGAAAACUCUUCCCCCUCCUAACGUCUCUCUGGGUCCUCUUCUGCCCUUUAGAAUGAGCAGCCUUCGUUUUUCCUUUUAAUCAAAGUUCCCAUUGUAUCUCUUUUCAGAAGCACACAUUCUUGCAUCAAGCAUUGGAUGAUCAGCUGCCCGAAGGCAACCUUGGGUGGUGAACGGUGAUCGCUCGGUGCUGGUGUGGUGCCUGGCAUCGUGGGCACCCGGGGAAGACUUGUGCCCUGGAGUCCAGGAUGUGCUCGUGGGAUAAGUUGGAGCCCUUGCUUAGGUUAUUUAGUUCUAACCAGGGGUUUCUAGCGUUCAUAGUAAGGAAAAGCCAGAGGUGGCACAGAGGACAUCCCAGUCUGCACGAAGCGGUGGCACCGUCCUCAGGAGGAGAGUGCGCCCAGGAGCUGGUCAAGUGCAGGUCAUUCAGUAAAAAAUGUUUCACACCUGACACACGAAGCAGUAUAUUUAAUCUCACUCUUCGUGAUGCACUCUAAUUUCUGUUCAUUCAAAAAAAGUGCUAGUUUAUGACCCCCUAGUGGGUGGUCAGUAGCAGUUUGGAAAACACUGGACUUGAGCCUGGCUACUCCGGUGUCAGCAUCACCCGGGUGCUCGUUAGAAUGUGGGACCUUGGCCCCUCCUUGCACAACAUGAGAAUCUGCAUUCUAGUCUUAACUUCAUUUAGGCGGUUUGGUUCACAUCACAGUCUGAGAAGGCCUGGGCAGGAGGACAGCAUCUGGCCUGCUGGCUGGGGAACCAUCACUGGGUUGGCCUUGCCUGCGAUUUGGCGAAACCAGGCGAUGCUGCUCUAAGUGGCUCCCUGAGCCCUCUUGCCUCCUUGUUUCUUCUGCCCGUAGCAGAGUCAGCCCUUCUAUGGGCAGAAUUGCAGGUUGUCAGCUCCUUACCCAAGGCUAAACGUAUACCAUGUGGAAUUGCUCGGUUUUGUCCGCACGGCCUCCUGCUUGCUGUGGGCAUGAUUAGGAGGACGUGGGACUUCUUUAGGAGCAAGUGCAAAUGAAUUGCAAAGGAAGAGCAAAUCUGCUCUAAACACGGCAAAGACCCGCGUCUUUAAUGAAGGGUUAAGUCCCACCCAGAAGCGCCUUUGUGGGCACUGAUUGCUCUGGCAUAUGCGUCACUGCUUGAGUGUGAGGGAGGAAGGGGUGCUGGCUUCACAUAGGUAAGUAUACAAAAAACCAGCUGCAGGUUGAGCUAAAAAUACCCCCAGGCUCCAAAGAGACCCGCGUCCACAAAACACCGAUUUCAGGGCUGCCAGGAAAGACGAGCAGCCACAGAGCUGGCGAGGAGCCAGUCAGCCCGCAGGAUGCCGCUGCCCCUCUGCCUGCUGCUGCUGCUGCUGCUCUCCGCGGCCACCGCUGCCCUGCCUCCGGAGGGUGGCCUUGCCGGCCAGGACAGCGACAGUGAGCAUAUGCAGGAAGUGGCAGAAAUGAAGAACAGCCUGUUGACUUUCCUGGCUUGGUGGUCCGCGUGGACCUCCCCGGCCAGAGCAGCGCCCUUCACGGGAGGGGCGGCCGGGGAGGUGUCCAGGCGGCAGGAAGGCCCGCCCCCGCAGCAGUCCCCGCGCCCAGAUAAGGUGCCCUGCAAGAACUUCUUCUGGAAGACCUUCUCCUCCUGCAAGUAGAACUCCACCAAUUACUCAUGCAAGGAAGUGCGACGAUGGAUCCAAAUAAAAUGUAUGAAGCAGCCGUGACCUUUCUUUAUGCAGUUGUCUUCUUGUUUCUGUGUAAUUUGAAAAGUAUUUUUAAUUUAAACUCCAGCGGUGCCCAAUACUGAGUGUCUUGAGUAAUCUGGAACCCAAAGUGAAUAUUUUUGAUAGAUUUUUGUGGGUUUUGCUGUAUUGUGCUCAGUGCAGCCACAGGCCUUUCCCCCACCUUCAUUAUCUCUUCCUUCCUUUGAUUUAAAAUAGCUCAAGGCUAUAUAUUUAAGGGUUCAGAAUAACAUCUUAUUUCAGUUUAUAUUGAUAUAAAUUGUCUAAUUUAAAAAAUAUUGCCCUCAUGUUAAAAGCCAAUUUUUAACACCACUCAGAGCAAAAUAGUUAUUAUUCAUGAUUUAGCAAAAAUUUAUAUAGAAACAAAUGCCAUGCUAUUAAACAGACAUUAUGCUGACAUGUUCAUAAAAGUUACAUUCGAACCUGCUGUUGCAUACGUACUCGUUUUAAUGAGUCAGUUAAUCAUUCGUUAGAAUUCUUUUCAUGGAUGAGCGCUUCAGGUUUAUUUCAAACCCAAAACAGCGAGCCGUGCUGCUGCCGGCCCGUGCAGCCUGCUGGCCUCCUCCUCAUCCAGGGACCUGCAGUCCCAGGUCCAGACCUUGUUUGCAGACAGUGCCUCUGUGUUGGCAUGUAUUGUAAUUGUUAUAGUUCCCCACUCCCAACAAUUUCCCACAGAAGUGACCGUGAAUGAUUGUUUGAGGAGGGGGAUUCCUUUCUGGGAUGUAACACAGAGCAACGUUGAGCCCAGGAGGACCAGGAUUUUGGUCGGCUCAAGAGAAAGUUACGAGUAAACAAGUUGCUCAGUUUCAAAACCCUCAUCAAAUUUUUAAUUCUUCCCCCACAGCACGGAAAUCCUUGCUUGAUUAUACAUAUUUAUAACUCUUGAGUCAUAGAUUCUAAAGAAAGCUUCCAGGGUGAGGUUUUUAGAUGGUAAACUUUAACGCUGAGAGAUUCAUCCCUGGAGUUAGGGCACGUUUCUGAGGGUGAGGCCUGGCAUUGAGGAGGCCGGCAAAGGCCGGCUGGAGGACACGGCGAUCUUCCUCUUCUCUGACACCAGGGGGGCAGGCUCUCGGGUCUGA